GAUUGUAGCAAGCGCUGUUACGGGUUCCCUUCUUUGUUUGUUGCCGUUGAUGAUGUAGCUGGGGCUAGACGUGCUGAACCACCUUCCCCUAGGAACUGGCUAGGAACAAGCCAGAGAGGCUUCCUCAAUUCCAUCUCAAGUGACUCUUUUGCUGGACGUGCCAUGGUUAAAUUACCGGACUUACAGUUUGACAAGGUGGGCAUGCACACGCGCUAUUUGAUCAAGUAGUGGUCAUCUCUGAAGUGGACAUUAGUUGAAUGGUCAUUUCAUUGUGACCAGUCGCUGCGGUCCCCUGACAACCAUCGCUUGGAAGCGGAUAGUAGGUGUCAAGUGAUUGAGUGGACACUGAGAAGUAAUUUGGACUUACUAGCGGGAAUCGACCAAACUUAUUCACCUAUACUAAAGUGUGUAUUAGUUGCAUCGUAGGUGUCUGAACGUACAUUGAAAUAACGUUUUAAAAAGAACAAAAACCAUACUUGAACACCCACGUAGAAAUGUACCACUAUUGCAUACGAGGUGAUAGAGAAGGUAUUAAAAUUGGACAUUGCGAGCUACAUUACAUCAUUUAAUCGCCGAUAAGGAGGAAGCCGUUUUAUUGCAUUUUAACUGUUGCCCUGUUCCAGCAAUCAAACAAUUAUUAACUGACGUCACUGCGCAUGACAUUAUAUGGAACGUUUCUGACGGGAUGUAAUCAAAUUUUGCUUAUUUGCAGCGCUAAGAUGACGAACACGGCUCAUUUUGAAGUCAGCGAGUUUUCAUAAACACCUCACGGCAAAUUUAAUUAAAAAAUGCAAAUCUUCGUGUCAUACGAGGGGCAGCGUACGUCCCUGUUCGUCCAAGAGGGAACGACGGUUCAGGCACUGAAACUCAUGUUACGGGGCACAAUCCAUGUCCAAGCUGAGCUUCACGUUGAGGCAGAAGAUGGUAUGACCCGGGAGAAAAAGACUCUCAGGCUCAUCUACAAUGGUUCUGAAUUGGACGAUAAAUGGGUUUUAACAGACGUUGGGGUUUUCCCAGGGUCUACGGUUCGAGCGGUCAUUAAGGAGGAAUACCUACCCAACCUCUACAUCAAUGUGGCGUACAGUGAAGAGAUCAUUCCAAUAGUAGAAAAAAUCAGCAUCAGGCACAGUAAAGUCUCAGAACUAAAAGCCAUUGUGAGUAGAAAAACCGGACUUCCAGUUGGUGUAUUUCGGCUGGUCAAUAAAAAAGGAAUGGAAAUGUUCGAUGGAAAUGACUUAGAUUCUUACGACAUCAAAGUCGCCGAUGAAAUUCGCAUGGAUACUUGGGACGGUUGGAAUGAUUUUCUAAAUCUUGCCGUCAUGGGUUUUACAUCUCAUGCAAUGUCCAAACUUUCCAGCGAUGAACACGUCUCGAGGUUUCAAAUGAAAGUCGCCAUGUACAUUGCUGCCCAUUUUGGACAUGUUGAUCUAGCUAUGCGGCUUAUUAAAGAGGGAAUACGUCCAUACGAGCCAGUUGAGGAUCACCCCAGCCGAUCCUGGUGCUCUGAGAUAGAACCUCAUGUUGACAGUUUUAAGACGCCAGUUCACGAGGCUGCUGAAUUUGGAAGCGUCGACAUCAUCAGAAUUUUCGUACAGAAUAACAUAUGUUGUAUUUUCGUUGAAGAUUUCAAUAAGCUGAUGCCGCUGAAUUUGGCAUUACGCAACCAACGCAAAGCUGUCGCCUUGUACCUUCUAUCGAAACAAUUCACCAAAGUUGAAAUAGGAAACACUGGAAAACAUCUUUCUUUGAAACUGUGGGCCAAGAUCAAAUUCUGGGCCGAAAAAGGCAGAGAGCGAUCGUUUCUUUAUCACGGGGCAGAUAAAUCAACGUUGAAACGCGGAGCGUACGUCAACCGAGGUGUUCUUGUAGGCCAGGGAGUAACAGUUGACGGAUUUAAUGACUCACCUAUGUCCUCUAGACCAACAGUAAAGCAGAAAACAUCAAAAGUAGACGAGAUUAAACACAUACCAAAGCCCAGUUAUUUGGUUCAACGAGAGAUGCGCAUUAAAGGACAUACCAACGGAAAGCACAGGCACGGUAUUCGAGCUGGGGUGAAAUCAAGGGUUCAUUAUUUUGACGAAAAUGAGGAAAAAGCGCACAAAAGUGAAUCUGCGAGCGAAGCGAGUGACGUGCUUCAUCUGCCACCUAUCAGAACACGCCCUCUAACUCGUAGUAGCUCCCACUACGAACUUUGCCAGGGGAGGGAGUUUGAGUACGAAUCGCGUCCUGAUACUCGUGCCAGCAGCCGGUCUGCCUUCAUCGCCACCGGUCACGUGAACGUCCGCGAGCACGCUGAGGAUGUUGACAUUCACGACCAAGAAGCUGGUAAAAAAGAACACAUGGAAAUGUACAUAAGCGACAUUCAUAAAACGAGAGAAAGCGAAUCACAGCCGGCCAAACCACUGGCAACUAAACCGAAACGCAAGAAACGGAUGCGGACUGUAAGUAGUCCAGCCGCAGUUCCAGAACUCAACGUUGCGCAAGCAGAUUCGCCACCGGAUCCUCCACCAAGACAAGCCACCAAAUUGACAACGUACACAAACGCUAGUUCACCAGACAAACCAGUCUCCCGCGCAAAACGAAAAGAAAGGUCCACACGCUCCGCCCUCAAACUUGCUAAAGCCAAAAGCGAGGGCGCUUUGAUUCCUCUUCCGGAGGUCAGUUUGGAGAGUGGACAGCGUCCGUUUUUCUACUGCACAAGUAAUGAAUCUGACCCUCGUCUGUCAACCCUCGAAAUGGUAGACAAAUAUCGAGGAAUGAAGAGCCGUGAUUAUGCCAUCAAAUGUCUUGCUGCAGCCAACACUUUCAAGGAAAAACCGUGGUUGUAUCAGGUUAGGUUAGCCAUGAAUCUUGCCACCUGUGGAAGUAAAAGAUACCUACGGAAUCCGCGCGCUUAUAGUAAAAGAGACUUGUCCAAUAUAUCUAGAUCUGUCUGAAUAACGCAACUUAAAAAAUUAUUCCUAAAGGUUUAUUUGAUCAUCUGUGAUACGUCAUAUUGUUUACCCAUCUUGAAUGGUAAUUGAGGCUCAUGCAAAGCAUAUCUGCGAUGUUAUAUAUCAAAUAGUAUUUAAAAGGCAAGAGGGGAUUUGUACCAGAGUAAAGUUGGUUUAGAAAUGAUUACCAAUAGACAGAUUAUAUGGUAGAUAUGACACAUGGUAGUCGUAAAUAACACGUCGAAACUCGAGAUCUCCGACGUACUGCAGAAGAUUCAAAAAUUAAAAUAAAAAAAAACGUUUUAAAUCAGUAUUUUCAGUGAACCAGAAAGAUGUUUUGAACGAGAGGUUAAGGGAAAGCACUGAAAGCCCAUAAAAUGAUCUUUUAUGGAGUAAGGGGGUUUGAAAAUUCUCCUCUAUGCCUCUAAAACGUGUCUGUGAUAUUAAUUUAAGAACAAAGCGCACUUGGACUGAGAAGGCCAAACGAUGCACAUCACUAGCUCUCACGUAAUAGAAUGUUUAGAUUAUUUACUGAUAUGAUAUUCAAUCAAUUGUCAUUAAGU